CACCUAGAUAUGCGUGGCACCAUGAUGACCAUCAAGAGCAUUCAUUUCAAAUGUGAACGCUUUCCGAUACGAACCGAGGUAAGAGGCAAUGCCAGCGGAAAGCCAACUGUGUGGGGUUGUUCUUCUCAGAGAGAACCCCAGAAAGGUGGGAUAUAAAGGACCGCCGCAAUCGGCUUUCAAGGCCGAGGUUCCUCAAGUCUCUUUGAAUACCACAGUCUGAGAAUCUCACGUUUCCCUUGUACCCUUUGACGACUUGCUACAGUUAAAACAUCAUCAAUCAUGUCUGGCAGCUGGGCCAAGUUCUUGCCAUUGCCUUUGUUAGUGGCAGCAUUGGGUGCAAUCUAUUCGAACCCAUACCCCCUCUUGAACCAUUACGGUGGUCGACUAGCCGAUGUGGUAUUCCAAGACACGCACGCAAGUCACGGACCGUUGAAUAACGACAAAUGCUGGACCAAUCCUGUUGGCCAGGCAUGCGAAGAUGUUCGCAUCCAUCAUGACUCUGGAGUAGCAUUCUUGGCAUGCGGAUAUCCAGAAACGCGGAGCGUUUUCUAUCCGCCCUUGAAUCUUUACGACACCGUUGGUGCCAGUUCGUAUCGAGAAUACUUCUUGAAAUACGAUAUAAAGACCAAUACGACAAUGCCUUUGAUGAUCGAUGGUCUCGACGCGUCGCACGAUUUGAUAUUGCACGGCAUCGAGCUAUACAUCCCAAAAGAUGAUGAUUCAAAGAUUUACCUUUUUGCUGUCAAUCACGGUCGCCGUGGCGAAGAAAUACUGCUGUUUUCCCACAUUCUGGGCUCCAAUACCCUCACGUUCGAACGGUCAUUCAAGCAUCCGAAGGUGAAGACUCCGAAUGCUGUCGCACCAAUCGGCCUGGACUCAUUCUUCAUCACAAACGACCAUUAUUUCUAUGCAGGUGCUUUUGGCGGUCUCCUCAGGACGUUCGAGGACAAAUUCGGUCCCUGGAAAUGGGCGUCUGACAUUGUUUACUGCUCAGCAACAGCUUCGGAGAUUGACUGCAAGAGUGUUUCACCGAAAAACUCGCACCCUUCAGCCAAUGGGGCUCUCUUGGUUGAUGACGGGAAAACACUGAUGAUCAAUGAUGUGAUCAAAGCAACAACAACGAUAUAUUCGGUCGAUCCCGUGACUAAGGAGCUGUCCCCUAAAAAGGAAGUGCGCUUGGGAGCUGCAGCAGAUAAUUUGUCGCUGAUACCAGGGUCCGAAGACAUUGCAGUAUGCAUCUUUCCUGACGUACCGAAACUUUUUGCGCGCCUGCACAAUCCACUGAACACGACUUUACAAGCGGACGCAGCAAUUCUCCGUCUCGUCAAGAAGAACGAUUACGAGCCCGAGGUCUUGUACUACGAUGACGGAUCCCUCAUUACCGUCUUGACGGGAGCAGCUGUAGACCAGGCUAGCCAUCGACUCAUUGCAGGUGGUGUGGUUGAGAAGCACUUCAUCGUGUGUGAUAUCAGCGAUGCGAAGCUUUGAGGAGGGAUUGGGUCGUUUCGGAGGAAGCAGCGGUUAAAUGGCAUAAGAAAGCUUCAUCUCGUUAUCGUCUUGCUACCAAGGGCGUCUCGACCUUUACUAAGUUGACCAUAUUUAAAGACUUUACAGUGAGAGCCUUACCGAUGCUUAGGACUGCUUGAUUGCUGCUCGGCUCCACGGGGGCUGCUACCGUCAGGGGCUUGGCGCCUAUGAUGCGUUGAGCUUUGACACUUACAGGCGCUACGGUUA